AGAACAUUCAUUCAUUCUUCUUAACUGCAUAACGUAAUUGUGUCGACGCUCUUGCCAAUAAUUCAUACAUUAGCAAUGAAUAUUCGCAGUCGUGGAAGUGGUGAUGGAAGUGGUGGAGGUGUUUAUUUGACAUUGCGUUUGAAAGCUCUAUUUGUUGCAUUUUCCCUAAUUGUACUGCCACAAUUGGCACAGUCAACUGUUUUAGAUAAACUGCGGGAUGAUCCAGAUUUAUCACAGUUUUACAGUUUGUUGGAGCAGAAUCCAAUUGCUAAUUCAACUUUAUCACUAAGAGCCUGUACACUGUUUGUUCCCACAAAUGAAGCUUUUCAACGUCAUCAUGGCACAACUUAUGUUCUUUAUCACAUGGCUACGGUCGCGAUGACUCAGGAUCAACUAACCAAGACCAUACCCUCAGAUAUGGAUGGUAAUCCACCAUUGUAUAUAACGAAAAAUCGUAACGGUGAUAUUUAUGUUAACAACGCUAGAAUCAUUCCCUCGCUGUCUGUUGAAAUGACCAAUAGUGACGGCAAAAGACAGGUAAUGCACAUUAUAGAUGAGGUAUUAGUGCCUCUUACAUCACUUCCGACAUCCAAGACGGAAAUUACAAAUCCAGAUGCAUUUCAAUUCUUGCAACAAGCCGAUUUACUCAACAUAGGAGAAAACCGCUUGAGAUCGUAUCGUUCUCAAGUCACUGUGAUGCGAAAAGAAAACUUGUAUCAAUCACCCGGUGGCCAUACUUUCCUUAUACCGGUAGAUGAAGGCUUUAAGCAAACUACCCGUAGCAGUUUAGUGGAUAAUAAAGUUAUCGAUGGCCAUGUUAUUUUAAACAAUGUGAUAUUUACUUCGGCUGCUCAAAUUGAAGUGCCUCAGACCACUGCCGCCUUUGAGGAUAAUAUUAAAGUAACAGUUAGCUUUUCCAAACAAAAAGAAGGAAAGAUGUAUGUUAAAUCGAAUACUUUGCUGGGUGAUUCAAAGCAUGCUACUGGUGUGGUAUUAGCUGAAAUAGUUAAGGCUAAUAUACCAGUACGUAACGGCGUUGUACACUUGAUACACCGGCCAUUGAUGAUAAUUGAUACGACCGUAACACAAUUCCUACAGGAAAAUGAAAAUGGGGCUUUGCGCAAGUUUCUUGAAGUAAUUAUGGACAUUGGUGGCCAAGUCUUAGAUGACAUUAACAAUUUCGGAGAUGUUACAAUUUUGGCUCCCAGUAAUGAAGCUUGGAAUAAUUCGGCCAUUAACAACAUUAUUAGAGAUGUACCAAAAAUGCGUGAAAUUUUAAAUAUGCACAUAAUUAAAGAUCGCCUGAGUGUAGAUAAAAUCAAGGAAAAAAAUCGGAAUUUAAUCGCGCAAGUGCCAACUGUCAACAAUCGCACAUUCCUCUAUUUCAACAUCAACGGCGAAGGGACAGAUGAAGUGAUAACUGUCGAAGGUGGUGGAGUAAAUGCCACUAUUUUGGAAGCAAAUGUGGCUAGCACUAAUGGUUUUGUUCACAUUAUUGACAAAGUUCUUGGGGUUCCAUACACUACAGUUUUAGGAAAAUUGGAAAGUGAUCCUAUGCUAAGUGAUUCAUAUAAAUUGGGACAAUUUUCAACAUUUAACGAACAAUUGAAUAAUACGCAAAGACGUUUUACAUACUUUGUGACGCGUGACAAAGGCUGGCAGAAAAUCCAAUUAGAUUUGCCCUCGGUACAUAAGAAACUAUUUAUGAAGGACUUCUCUUAUCAUUCCCGCUCAAUUUUAGAACGCCAUUUGGUAAUUGAUGAUCGCGCUUAUACCAUGAAAGAUAUGGUUGCCAUGACCAAAGAAAGUGAAUCAAUUGUUUUGCCGACCUUCAGAGAUUCCUUAAAAAUAAAAGUAGAAGAAGAAGCUGGACGCUAUGUCAUCAUUUGGAAUCAUAAAAAAGUGAAUGUCUAUCGUCCCGAUGUCGAAUGUACCAAUGGCAUUAUACACGUGAUUGAUUAUCCAAUGUUGGAGGAGAAGGAUAUCGUAGCGAGCGGAGGUUAGACAUUUAAAUAACAAUUUAAACCAAACUCCCUUCAAAAUACCAAAAAUAAAAGUAAUGAAAAUCAAAAUCAAAACCUACGAUACAAAAGUAUAAAGAAAACAAACAGCACUUCUUGUCAUGUCUGACAUUCUCAAAGAAAGGUUUGAACGAAUGAAAUACUCUCUCCCUCACUCUGUCUAAUAUAAUUACAGAAUAUAUAAAUACUUUUUUUGCUUUCAUUUAAUUAUAAAAUACAUAAAUAUACAUACUACUUACAUAUAUGUAUGUAUGUAUAUAUUUUUUUGUUUAACUUACAUUUAAAGUAGUUAUAAUUCAAUUUAAUAUUUAUUAAUUCAAUAAAUAAUUACUACUAUUAGGUAAUAAAUUAAGCAAACUUUAAAAAUUUAUAUUAAGGAACAAUAAAUAGAAAUAUGUACUUGGAAAAUUAUACUUCUAAAAGAAAAUGUAAGUGUGUGUGUGUGUAUAAUUUUGGCUCUGUUAUUUAAAUUAAAUUAAAAAAUAUUUUAAUGCUAUGCUAAAUCAAAAUCAUUUACAGUACUAUUAAAUAUGUAUGUAUAAAAUGUAGAAUUUUAAAUAUGUACACAGAACACACCACACCCACCAAUAUCAUAUUAUACAUAUAAAAAAUAAUGUUUUAAAAUCAUUUCAAUUAGCUAUGAUAAUUUUAAACGCAUAUGUUUGAACAAUAAAGAGGGCCGGUCGUAAAGCAAAACCAAAAUCCCCAGUACAGAACAUGUUGGUAAUACAUACUUACAUACAAUUACAAUACGUAUACAGUGUCUGUUGUAAUACAUCCAAUGGAAAUUCGCAUUCUAACAGUAUAACUCAAUCCGAAAACCUUGUACCCAUAUUUGUUAAAAACAAAAAUUAUAAAAGUACAAAUAUAUUGGAUAAAACUUUGAUACGUAACCUAAAUUUGUACCCAGCAAUAAAUUACAUGACAAAGAAGUAGGUGAAACAUGCAUGAUUUUUACAUUAGCGUGUAAUUUCAUAGAUCCAUUGCCAGUACGAUAAAUUGAAUAUAUAUUUUUUUAAUGGUGAAACAUAUUUAUUGUUAUAUGAAUUUGGGAAGAUUUUUAAAAGAUUUUUUAAAAAAGUCAAAUAAAUUUUAAUAAAAAAAAUUAACAAAAGUAUAUUUAUUUCACUAUUAAAUCCAAAAACAAAUAAAUGUGAAAUGAUUGAAUUCCCAUAUAGUCCUUAACAACUUUGCUUUGAUGAUAUUUUUAAGAGCUUCACUAUUGACGAAUUUUUUGGAAUUUAGGAAUGCAUUUAAAAUGAAUUGGAAUGUACUAUUUCUUAGGAAGUCGUUAAAAUGAUAUGCAAUUUGAACUACUUCCAAAUUAUUUAGCUGAUCAAUUUGAUACAUGUUUGAAAAUUUUCAAAAUUUCGUCUAAUGCACUUUUGGGUGAAUACAUGCUUGUCUACUUUUUCACUGACUGCCCUCUUAAACUGUUCAAUUGAAAUUUUAUUAAUGCUUUAAUUAUGUUUGUUAUUUUUAAGUAAACAUUAAAUUGAUAUUGUAUAAGUAUUGAAAAAUCAUAAAAUUGUAUUUGUCAAACGAGUAGUAGUAGCAGUAGUAUCAGCGGUAGUAGUUAAAAUAUACAUAUUAAAUUAAAUUAAUAAAAUAAAAACACAAUUCAUACAUAAAUACAUGAAUAUGAAAUUAUGCUUUUAAGAUAACAAUACCUACAUACAAACAAAAAAGUUCUGAACUUUGCUAAAUGAGAAGCUUUAAAUUAAUAAAUAGCUUAAAAAAAAGAAAACAAUUUAAUGAAACCGUAGUCAGUAGUUACACGUUAAAAGAGAAACACAAACAAAUUGAACAAAUUAAAAACAAGUAUAUUUAAAAUUUAAAUAUUUCAUUAAAAUGUAUUUACAAAAUAUAUAAAUAUGUACUAUAUAUACAUACAAACA